AUGCUGUCACUCUGCAUCCUCCCUUUGAUUUUUGCAUCGCUGUUGUUGUCCUGGCUGUCCUGGUGCCUCUUCUCCUACCUGAAAGAUGGCAAAAAGCUCCGACAAUACCCAUCGGCCUCCCUCCUCGCCGGACUGUCCUCCAUCUGGAUCAUGUGGAAGAACUACACCCACCAGCGGUCAUUCACACUGUACGACGCACACAUGAAACUCGGCAAGGUAGUCCGUAUCGCUCCAAACCAUCUAUCGUUCAUCUCUCCCGACGCCAUCAAAGAUGUCUACGGACACGGCACACCCGCUCUGAAGGACAAAUUCUACAACGCAUUCGUCGGCUCUCACCCGAACCUCCUCGACGUCCGCGACAAGGAACUCCACGGCAAGAAGAGGAAGCUCUUCGCCGUCGCGCUGGCCCAGAAAUCCGUCGAAGAGAAAGAACACGCCAUCAGAGACGACAUCAGCAAACUGGUCGUUCAAUGGGACAAGCUCGCCACACUUCCGCCCAAAGCGGGUGAAUCCGCAUUCCCCAACCACGAGUUGGUCGACAUCCGUCGCUGGUUUAACCUGCUUAUGCUCGACCUAGUCUGCGACCUGACCUUCAGCAUCAAGCAGGGUUUUGUCACUCAGGGAGACGAUCUCACCACGUGCGAGACAGUCGACGGACGCAAAUACCUCGCCCGCCCCGAGGCCGGCACCAAUGCCAAUCUACAGUAUGUCAGCACACUCGGCUCAGGUGACCCCAACUGGCUUCGAUUUCUGCAGAAGCUCUUCUUCUGGCACCGCGGCGUCAAGGAUGGCGAGACCUUCACAGGCUAUGUGCUUCACCUGAUCCGGAGACGGUUCGCUCUCGAGUCUGGCAAGGACGCCAAAGAUUUCAACGACUUCUUCAGCGGCCUCAACUACACUCGAGAAGGCAUCCCCAUUGGCAUGGACCUGGGCGAGCUCGUGCAAGAGUGCUCGCUGUUGAUGAACGCGGGGUCCGAGACCACGACAUGUGCCCUGCAGAACAUCAUGUACUAUCUCAUCAUCAACCCGAGAUGUAUGCAGAAGUUGUACGAAGAAGUCAGCACCGUCUUUGAAGGCGAUGACGACGACAACAACAGCGACAGCGCCGAGGCGGCGGUGCCUUCAUACGACCGGAUCAAAUUCCUGCCGUACCUCCGCGCCUGCAUCGACGAGACUCUCCGCCACCGGCCCAGCCUGGCCAUCGGCCUCCCACGGGUCACACCUCCCGAGGGAAUGUACGUUGCAGGCACCUGGGUCCCCGGCGAGACCACCGUCAGCAUCCCCACCUGGGGCAUGCACCACGACCCCGCCGUCUUCGAGAAACCCUUCGACUUCAUCCCCGAGCGCUGGCUGGGCGACUCCGCCUCGAAUCUGCAGCGAAACAUGCUGGCCUUCAGUGCCGGCGCGAGACAGUGCGUCGGCAGAAACGUGGCGUACACGGAGAUGAGCUUGAUCGUCGCCACCAUUGUCAACCGUUACGAGUUUGCGUUGUGUAGGCCCGAUUGGGAACCCACGGUGUACGAGACUAUGGUGUUGAAGUCCGGACCCAUGCCGGUCAAGAUCUGGAGGAGGCAAAAAGGGGUGAGAAAGACGGGGUGAGAAAGCGGAACGGACUGCGAGAACGGACCUACGAGCUGAUUUAUAGGUAGGAUUGCGGAUGAAUUUAUGUGAGACCUGACGAUUAGUAUCAUUUAGGAGAGAGGUUGGGUACUAG